AUGGGCUAUAUCGGCGUCUCUCUCAUUCUCGCCUCCUUCGUCUGGGUCAUCGUCGCCCCUCCGCCAUGGAUACACCCCUUCAUGCCGCCCUUCCUCCUCGCCUGGCGAAACGACACAAAGCUCCUACCGCCUUCCUCGCGGUCAAAGUCCUCUUCUCCUCCACCGCCAAGCGACCAACAUGAGUCAAAGACGACGGCCUCAUCGACAACCACCACGAACGGGCACGCCCCCGAGCCCUCCACCAAGGAACAGCCGCGCGAUACCCCUCCCCCGCCAACGCUCAACCUCCCUGAUGACCCCGUCGCCGCACCCGCACCGGCACCGCGCAACACCGCGACCGCCGUCUCUAUGCCUCCUCCUCCUCCGCCAGUCAUCCGCCGCUCCUCCCCGAGCCCUUCCACUCCCGCGCCGCCCACGGCAACCCCAGCCGCUCCUACCGCUUCCGUACCCUCGUUCACUCUCGAAGAACCCUCAAAGGCAAUGGCACCGCCCUCCCUUGGCGCAUCGCUCUCUUCGCCAUCAGGAUCCUCUCUCGGCAAAGGAAGCAUGCCGCCCCCUCCUCCGCCAUCAACGACCUCAACCAACAUGAUGCCGCCACCAGCCCCAACACCCCGCGGCCCAGUCCCUCCCCGCCUAGCCGCCUUCCCAGCAGUGAACUCCCCCCAACGCGCCCGCGGCCCCGUACCGAACCGCGGUCCGGCACCCGGAAGUUCUUCCCUCGGCUCCUCCCUCGCGCCGCCGCCAACCCACUCCGCAAAGGCUCCGAAACCAACGCGCAAAGUCAUCCUUACGCCGGGUCACUCCCCGCUCGACUGGGCGCGCAUCUCAGGCCCCAACGCAGACUUGCGCAACCUACCGCCCUCGACGCCCUACCUCAAAGUCACGCCCUCGAUGUUGAAAAAGAUGACGGGCAGGAAGGGCAAGGAUGCGUGGAUGGCGUUGGGUGGGAGAGUGUAUAACAUUACGCCGUAUCUACCGUACCACCCGGCUGGCGAGCCCGAGUUACUGCGCGGCGCGGGGCGUGAUGGGACGAAGUUGUUUGGGGAGAUUCACCCCUGGGUGAACUACGAGACCAUGCUCUCCGCGUGUCUCGUGGGGUUGUUGGUGGAUGAGGAAGAGGGCUCGAAGCCGAGCGCGAUGGACGAGAUGGACUGA